GCUGCAGUCGCACCCUGGAAGGGCACGGGCUCCUGCCCCAGUGUUGAUUCCCCAGCGCCUGGUGUUGCCCAAGGCGCAGGGUGACUCCUCCCCGGGGACCCUCCCCUCUGGGGCGCGUCACUCUGUCACUCUCCCCACCCCUGGGUCCGGACCCCAACUGCUUCCCUCGCCCGCCCGAGCCAAGCUGGGACAAGUAGCGGCCACCUGCUGGGGAGCCGCGGACCUCGGGCGAGGUCUGCCCAGGUCUCCAUGGAGUUGCGGGUCGCCAACGCCUACGGCAGCUGCGAGAACGGUUCCAUAGUCAGCCUCUACUGUGCCUCCCAAGAGGUCCUCUGUCAGAUUGUCAGAGGCAUCAGCCCUGAAGAGCCCAACAAUGCCACCUUGAUCACCUGGCAAGAGAGGGUCAGGAAGAGGUAUGGCUUCUACAUCGGUGUGGGCCUCGCCUUCCUCUCCUGCCUCCUCAUCGGCAGCAGUGUCAUCCUUAAGAAGAAAGGUCUCAUACGACUUGUGGCCACAGGGGCCACCAGGGCAGUGAAUGGAGGCUAUGGCUACCUGAAGGACCCGAUGUGGUGGGCUGGAUUUGCUACCAUGUCCGCUGGAGAAGUUGCCAACUUUGGGGCCUAUGCAUUUGCACCCGCUACAGUUGUCACACCGCUGGGAGCACUGAGCGUCCUUAUAAGUGCCAUCUUCUCCUCAUAUUGCCUGGGCGAGAGCCUGAAUCUGCUGGGGAAGCUGGGCUGUAUCAUCUGUGUGGCUGGCAGCACGGUGAUGGUCAUACAUGCCCCCAAGGAGGAGAAGGUCACGACUGUUGUGGAGAUGGCUUCUAAGAUGAAAGACACAGGGUUCAUCAUAUUUGCGGUCCUUCUAGUGGUGUCCUGCCUCAUCCUCAUCUUCAUUGUUGCUCCACGUUAUGGGCAAAGGAAUAUUCUCAUUUACAUCAUCAUCUGCUCUGUGAUUGGAUCCUUCUCCGUGACUGCCGUCAAGGGUCUGGGUGUCACUAUCAGGAACUUCUUCCAGGGCUUACCAGUUGUUCGCCACCCCCUGCCCUACAUCCUGUCCCUCAUCCUGGGACUUUCCAUCAUCAUUCAGGUCAAUUUCCUCAACAGGGCACUGGAUAUUUUUAACACCUCCCUGGUCUUCCCCAUCUACUACGUUUUCUUCACCACGGUGGUAGUGAUCUCCUCCAUCGUCCUCUUCAAGGAGUGGUAUACCAUGUCUGCUGUGGACAUUGUGGGCACCCUGUCUGGCUUUGUCACCAUCAUCUUGGGUGUUUUCAUGCUUCAUGCUUUCAAAGAUUUGGACAUCAACCAAAUCAGCUUGCCACACACACACAAAAACACAGCUCCAGCUCCUGCCCCAGAGCCCACCGUCAUUAAACUAGAAGAUAAGAAUGUCCUUGUGGACAACAUAGAACUUUCUAGCACACCAUCACCACAACAGAAGCCCAAAGUAUUUAUGAUCCAUUCUUAAAGCCUGGAAUGCACAAGUAAGAGGAGGUGCCCAAUGUCCAGCCUGACCUCUCAAGUUCAAGACUACCAGGUUACUUUCAGUACAUCUGUUGCCAAGGGCUAUCCUUUUUUUUUGAGAUAUUCAUUUAUACCUCACUGCUGUUCCUAGAAGAAAAAAUCCCUACCCAGUAAGGUGGCUGGCAGGACUUUCUAGGGAUACAGCCUUGGUGACUAACUCCACUAGUAUCUGUUGGAGCCAGCAAGACCCCAGAGCCUCUUCCUUCUGCUUCCUUCAGCACCAUCUCUGUGUUGUUGGGGGAGAAGACAGAAUUUGACCUGCUGAAUGUAGCCCAGUUCAAGAACUGCCCUCAGAUAUUGGUCAUCAGGAAAUCCUUCAGACCAAUUGGCCUGUCAAGCUGAACUUCUCAGCCCUCAGUCCAAGAAUGGAGCUUGUGGAGGACUGCAGAGCAAUCUGGGCCCCUCACCAUCCCAAGGUGCACAGUAGGUGCCAGGUAGCCUGGUGUUUCCCGGAGAUAGAAGCAAGAUCCCAGCUGACCUUCUUACUGUGAAAGCCACCUGAUGUCUCAGGGAAGUUUCAACUAGUCCAUUCUCCAAGCACUCCAGCCUGGAGGUCAUUUCUUGCUGUCCAUGUCCCAAGCAGCACCACCAUCCUUCCCUCUCUCUGUCCAUUCCAAGGCACCAGUCAUUGACACAUGCACGCUGUAACCUUAGAAUUCAGCAACCACAGGGGAUGCCUCUUAGCCCAGACCUGAUGGCCAAACUCCUAGCCUUCUCUAGGAAGAGAACAUCAUUGUGCUGUUACUCUGGAAUAUAGCAGAAUGUGAUUUCCAUUGCAUCAAGAAGUUGACCAUAAUACGGCUUGAGAAGGUAGAGGAGAGUGUGAGGUACAAUGUCAAGAUUGGCAGUAUGGAUUCAUGGGCUCUCUGGAAACCUGGAAGUAACUUUUGGGCUGACUCUAAGACCCAGACAAGAACCCAGGCCCAAAAAGGUGUGAGACAAUUUCUGAGCCAUAGCUAGUCGGAUUGGCUUUGAAUCUCAUUGAGAGUGUGGGAUUGGCACAGCCUUGUUGGCCCAACUAGGACCGAGUUUGUCUCCACUGACAUACUCGCUGCCCAAACUGGAAGCAGCAUGCCAGGACUCCUCCACCAUCACUUGCCCUGGGGGUCAUCUUUGAUGACCUCACAUUUGGUCAGAGGCAUGCAUGUGACAGUAGAUGAGGAGAGAAUUGGGAUCCUUUUCUUCCCAGCUUCUUCCGGCUGUGAAAGGAAGGACCACAAGAGAGUGAAAUUAAGAGCCAGUCCAUAGGAAAGUGAUCUGUAGUGUGGGUAGAGUCCUGUCAAUCUCCCUGCCUUUGCUGUCUUCACAUCUGAUCCCCUAAGUGCAACCACACCCACAUCAAACCCUUUCUAGCCUUGGGCAAGCUCUUAGGGCAGAUCAACACUAUGGCCCCCUGGACCAUCCAUGGCCAAUCCUCAGUACUUUAAUGAAUGUGGAUUUCUGACUGUAACUGAAAUCAAUGCAACACAUUGGAUCUUGGGUGUGGCAGUAAGCUGAGGGUUCUGAGAGCCUGGGCUCUGGGGUCAAGAAUAAAGACUUCAGAGUGUGUUUACUUGACAAAUGUCUUGAUCUUCCUUGAACGAGGAGCAAAUUCACACCACUGGGUCCCUCUAAUAUGCUGGGAGGGCAGUCUCUGAUCUCUGAAAUUCCAAGCAAAGCCUUCCCAUGUCUUUCACUUAUCUGCCUUCACUCAAGUAGGGAAGGUUGCUGUUGGAAUGGAUGCUUUUGAUGACCACACCUUAGUUAAUGGUUUCUAUUGCUGUGAAGAGACACCAUGACCACGGCAACUUCUAUAAGGAAAACAUUUCAUUGGGCUGGCUUAUAGUUCAGGGGCUCAGUCCAUUCUUGUCAGGGUGGGAAGCAUGGUGGCCUGCAGACAGACAUGGUGCUGGAGACGGAGGCAACAGCUCAACAUCUGGAUCCAUAGGCAGCAGGAAGAGAGUGAGCCACUGGGCCUGAAACCUCAAAGUCUGUCCCCAGUGACGCACUUCCUCCAAGAAGGCCACACCUAUUCCAAUAAGGCCACACCUCCAAUAAUGCCAGUCCCUGAGUUUAUGGGGGCCAUUUUCAUUCAGACCACCACAGCAACCCAUAUGAAGAAAAAUAGUACAAAAUAUCUUACAUGGGCUAAUCCCUCAGUGAAUAUCCCUUCUUCCUGUAUGAUGGUGGGAGGCACCAGCAGUAUGUGCUGUUUUCACACAAGCCCUGGGAAUCUAAAGUGCACACAAACUGGCCCUCCUGAGCCUGCCCACGCAGCCCAAGAGACCCUCACUAAGUCUCCCCGUUUCAUUCAAACACUCCCCCUAGUAAGGAGAGAGGACAGCAGAGUGUCUCAGCUGCCUUGUAAAGGCAAUAGUGUAGAAGAAUGUACUAGAAUCUCAAGAUCAUUAAAGCCUUCGGUGACCCAAGAUGUAAUGAAGUCAGAGCAUCUUCUGCACAGGAACAGCAAGCAACCCUCUCUCCUGGCCAUGGGGAAAUCUGGGGUUUCACUAUGGCUCAGGUCAUUGUCUCAUGGGAAAAACCUGUGGCCUCUGGGGGACCUCUUUCUGAGAAGUAUACGCCAUGUGUCGUAAGUGGUCCAAGCAGUGUAAUACUGAAACAGCACACACACAAAGAACUGUCCAAACAGCGACUGUUUUCAAAUGACAAUUUGUUUUAAUUAAAUACAAACAAAGGAGAAAAAAACAAAAACAAAAAGUAACAAAACAAGGCACCACGGCCCAUUCAAGUAUUUUGCAUAGAUGUACAAAUAUUGUAAACAAUCAAUAGGAGGACAAGAGAGGAGAGGACUAUUUCCUGUGAACAAUCUCCCAAAUAAAAAGAAAAUUCACAUUUGCCCUGGAUCCCAGACACAGGCAUACAUACACUCAUACAAGCGGACACUGGGAGCAUGAUUUUGGGGUAUUGGGCUUGGAGAGCCUCUAGUUGGCGUCCCUAGAGAAGGGUUACCUUUCCAGUUCGUGUUCCCUGGCUUGUGUGUAGAGUCCUUUGGGGGCUUUCAUUACAUGCAUUUGACAAAAUGACUAGCUUUAGAAUGUGCCUCCAAUUUUAAGAAUGCAAGUCUCACACCUGCUUUGUCAAAUAAGCAAAUUAACUGAACCUAGGGGAGACACUGUGGAAAAGGGUUACUGCAGAGUGAGGGACUGUUGCAUGGCAGAGGAUAUUCAGACCCUAAAAUCUACAAUGUCUUAAAACAGGGAUAGGAAAGAGCUUUUCUCUUACAGGUGGAAGUCACCAAGGAUAAAAGAAACAGAAAGCAA